AUGUCAUCAGAAAAGUGGCAGAAAGAGGAUGCAGCCCUAGCCUCAGCAUUAGAGCCAGCAAUGGCAACCGACGAAGGCACUGUAUCACCACAACAAGACCACCUUCGUCGCGAAUUCAAAGCCCGUCAUGUCUCCAUGAUUGCUGUCGCCGGAGCCAUUGGCACUGGCCUCAUCAUCGGGACAGGGACAGCCUUGGUUCGCGGAGGACCUGCUAAUCUUCUCAUCGCAUACUGUCUUGUUGGGGCUGUAGUAUUCUUUGUCAUGACUGCUCUGGGAGAAAUGGCUAUUAUGUUCCCUAUGGACAAGGGAUUUGGUGGCUAUGCUACACGAUUCGUGGAUCCAGCGUUUGGCUAUGCUACGGGGUGGAAUUAUUUCUUUAAGUAUGCCAUCGUUCUGCCGAACAACCUCACUGCAGCGGGCAUAAUCAUUCAAUAUUGGCGACCAGAUCUUAAUGUCGCCAUUUUCGUCACGGUAUUCUUAGUGGUGAUCAUCUUGGUCAACCUUCUUCACGUCUCCUUCUUUGGUGAAGCUGAAUUCUGGAUGUCCUGCGUAAAGCUUCUCGUCAUGACAACACUCAUCCUUACAUGUUUCGUCAUCUCCAUGGGCGGCCAACCUUCAGGAAAACGAAUUGGCUUUUCAUACUGGAACGAUCCCGGUGCUUUCGGCGAAUACUUGAUAGAAGGGCCCAAAGGCCACCUACUCGGGUUCUGGGCAGCCAUCGUCCAGUCGACCUUUGCCUACACCGGUACAGAAGUGGUGGGCGUUGCAUUCGGCGAAGCGCCAAACCCUAAGAAGACAAUUCGAACAGCCAUCCGUCAAACUCUCUGGCGCAUUGUCUUCUUCUACAUCAUUGGAGCUGUAGUGCUGGGCAUGGCUGUGCCUUAUACCAGCGAUCAGCUUAUCGGAGGCACCAAGCAAAAGACGGGUGCUGGUGCUAGUCCCUUUGUCAUCGCCGUGCAACUUGCGGAUAUUCCUCACUUCCCCGAUGUUAUCAAUGCAUGCCUUUUGGUCUUUGUUCUCAGCGCCGCAAAUUCGGACAUCUACAUCGGCUCUCGCGUGCUCUUUGGGCUCUCCCAUGAUCGCCAGGCUCCAGCUAUCUUCGGCCGGACUACCGCAAGUGGAGUUCCGCUGGCUGGUGUGAUUUUCACCAGUUUCUUUGCUUCACUCGCGUACAUGAAUGCCUCCCAAAGCUCAUCGCAAGUAUUUGGAUACUUGGUCAGUCUUGUGACUGUUUUUGGGGCCCUCAACUGGGUCAAUAUUCUCGUCACUUACAUACGAUUCACGCGCGGCUUGCGAGCACAGGGUAUAAAAAGAAGCUCAAUGCCUUAUCGUAGCAUGCUACAGCCCUACGGUGCUUACUUUUCUCUCUCUUUAACUAUUCUGAUAAUUAUCUUUAAUGGAUAUGGCGCGUUUAUUCCCGAGUUCUCUAUUUCCAAGUUCCUUACUUCGUAUAUUGGCGUUGUGCGCGUGCCGCUGCCAGAGAUGGACUUGAUAACUGGACGCCUUACAGACUUUUAA